AAGAUGGGAUCUGAAGAUUGAGAGACUGUGUGAAGAACGUACUUCAAAAAGAAUUAUUGCUUGGGAAAUCUUAAUUUGUGCAGUUGGUCUCUUAAAGCAAAUUUACCCCGCGAUCACAUCCGUUUGCCCUGCUAUAUGAUUGUGAUGUUCCAUCGUGCUGCUUUUUUGACCACUCACGCCCCCCUCCAUCACACCCUCGUGCACAUCCGACGGGAGUUGAUCCUACCUAUCGCACCUGCUACUGUGUAGGUAUAACUAGAGCGACUCGUACACUCGAAGUUACCCACCACCAAUCUGGCUGCUUUACUCAAUCUACGGGUCAAAUUACUGCCAUCAACUACUCCAACGCAAAACAGUCAGACAUGCCUCCCCCGCCGUCUCCCUCUGACGCUGCCCGGCAGACAGCAGAAGCACAUGCUGCUGUAACCGCCUCGCUCGCUUCAAUCGGCUUUUCGGUUGACAAUGAGAUGCGCACACGUACCGCCGACUUGCACGCCAACGCUGCCGCCAUUUCCAAACAAGAGCAGGAGCUGGUGAAGCAAACAGCGGCGUUGGCGAAGCAGAGUGCACAGUGGCAGAAGCUGGGGGAUAGCACUACAAAAAAAUUAAAUGAGAUUGGGGAUGUCCAGAAUUGGGCGGAGAUGAUUGAGAGGGAUUUGUUGGUGUUGGAGGAGACGAUGAGGGCGGUGGAGGGGGAGAGGGGCUGAGCGCGGCGAAAUGCUCAAGAGCAUCUGAUUUGCUUGGAGUACUGUAUUCUUGGCUCGAUAAUGAUUGACAUGGCUAUUUGUUUGAGCAAUGGUUAACUUGUACCUUCCUCCAAGGAGUGCAUUCACUCUUGCAGUUCCCGGACAGUACUGGCAGUGUGACGCCGUCUUGCACAGGUAAAAGCGCCUUGGACACGUAGCUACCUCUUGAACACG